AUGUCUAAUAGGUUGAAAGGCGUGCCUCUUAUUGGGCAUGAAGAGGAUGACCAUUCUGAUUGGUUUGUAGAUGCUAUCUUAAAGAAAGUGGGAUGGAUUGGUGGAAGAGAUUGGUCGAUGGUAGAUGGGAACCUAAUAUGGGAUAUGAGGUGGAGAAGACAUUUCUUUCUAUGCGAAUUACGAGUUGUAAAUAAUCUUCACUCUAUUCAUGGAGGCUUUAUUGUCUUUAUGGAUAAAGAAAAGGAAAAACCUUAUUCAAAGACAUGUGACUAUACAAAUGGAAGAUGGGUCCAUGAUAUGAGAGGCCCUUUGUAUAAUGGAACAACAUGUAGCAAUAUCAAGAACACACGAAAUUGCAGGGUCAAUGGAAGACCUGAUACAAACUAUCUUUAUUGGAGAUGGAAACCAAAUGAGUGCCAUGUUCCAACUUUUGAACCUAACACUUUUCUUAAACUUAUCAAAAACAUGAACAUAGUUUUUGUUGGAGACUCUUUAGCAAAUAACCAGUUUGAGUCUCUUGUUUGUUUAUUAUCCACUAUUUCAAUACCACAGCGUAUCCCCAAAGAAGACACUUUGUCAACAUAUUACUUUGCUUCUCACAAUGCAAGUUUGACACUUUAUUGGUCACCGUUUCUUGUGAAGGGUGAUCAAAGAACAAAGGGUGGGACACCAUAUAAUAAAAUAUAUUUGGAUAAGGUGAAUGAGAAGUGGGCUAAGUAUGUAGAUCAAAUGGACUUGAUUGUGUUAUCAUUUGGUCAUUGGAUGGAUGUUCCUUCAAUUUACUAUGAGGGUGAUUCUGUUAUAGGUUGUUUUAGAUGUCGUGAAUUUAAAUUGAAGUAUACUGAUAUUGGAUUUUAUGUUGCAAUGAGAAAGGCGUUAAGGAUUACACUUAAUAUGAUAAUUGAGAGAAAAGUUACUAAAGGGAAUGGGAUUGAUUUGAUUGUGAGAACAUAUUCACCUACUCAUUUUGAAGGUGGUUGGGAUAAGGGUGGUACUUGUUCAAAGACGGAGCCAUACGGACCUGAGGAGAAGAAACUUGAAGGAAUGGAUGCGAAGAUAAGAAGCCUUGAGAUGGAGGAGUUAGAAAGUGUGAAGGAAAAAGCUAAACAAUAUGGACUUAAUUUGGAUGUGCUUGAUAUAACAAAAUUGUCAUCGUUGAGAUCAGAUGGUCAUGCAGGUGCUUAUAUGAAUCAUUUUCCAUUUGCCAAUGGGACUCCAAACAAUGUACAAAAUGAUUGUGUUCAUUGGUGUUUACCAGGAGUCGUAGAUGCGUGGAAUGAGAUUUUUUUGGAGACGAUUAAGAAGUGGAAAGAACGUCCAAAGGUUAAAACUGAUAUAUUUCUCAUAUGA